UGGGAGAGGGUCUCAGAAACAUCGUUUUAUCUCUGGUUUUGGAGAUAUUCAAAACUCAGCUGGAUACAGCCCUGAGCAACCUGCUGUAACUUUGAGUUUGGCUCUGCUCUGAGCGGGGAGUUGGCAGAGACUUCCAGAGGUCCCUUCUCACCUAAAUUGCUCCAUGAUUCUCCAUGUUACUCCAUGAUUCUGUAUGAUAAUGUUUUAAUGAAUUUAGGGAAAUGGUUUUCAGCCUUUUCAGUCUAUGGGUCCCUAAAUAUUUUUCCAGGUCAUCACUGAAAUUAGAAAUUUCACAUAAUUGGAUAGACUUGUUAGUUAUGCUUUGUAACUUCUCUGUAGUCUGUGGACCACAAGGCUUCCAUCAUCAUGGAUUGAAAAACACCGGUUUAAGACAUCCCUUUCCUUGUCUUUGUUCCAGUGUUUGUAUUACAGGGGACAUUAACUUCAGAAUUAAUAGGACUGUCCGUGGAUACCAUGACUACACCCAAUGAAUCAGUCCUCACUUCUCCUGUCUUUCUUCUUACUGGACUUCCUGGUCUGGAGCAUGUCCACAAGUGGAUUUCUAUCCCAAUUUGUUCCAUGUAUCUCACAGCCUUUGUGGGGAACUGCACAAUCCUCUUCAUUAUCAGAACAGAGCAGACACUCCAUGAGCCCAUGUACUAUUUUCUCUCCAUGCUGGCACUCUCUGAUCUGGGCCUCUCCUCCACCACCUUGCCAUCAAUGCUCAGCGUGUUCUGGUUCAAUAACCGAGCCAUCCACUUCGAUGCAUGCCUCGUCCAGAUGUAUUUCAUCCACACCUUCUCCAUCAUUGAAUCUGCCGUGCUCCUGGCCAUGGCUUUUGACCGCUUUGUUGCCAUCCGGGAGCCCCUGAGGUAUGCAUCCAUCCUGACAAGCUCAGUGGUCGCCAAGAUCGGUGUGGGGUUGACCAUCCGGGCUGUGCUUUUGGUGCUCCCAGCUUCCUUUCUCCUGAAGAGGCUGCAAUAUCACACAGUAAACGUUCUUUCCUACUCUUUUUGCCUACACCAGGAUAUCAUCAGGGUGGCCCAGUCAGACAGGAGAGUCAGUAGCGUUUAUGGCUUAUUGGUUGUUCUUUCCUCAAUGGCUCUGGACUCACUGUUACUUGUUCUGUCUUAUGUUAUGAUCCUUAAAACUGUCCUGAGGUUUGCAUCUAAGGAGCAGCGGUCCAAGGCCUUGAACACCUGCAUUUCCCAUAUCUGCGCUGUCCUAAUCUUCUACAUCCCAAUGAUUGGUCUGUCUAUGAUUCACAGGUUUGCGAAAAAUGCUUCUCCCAUUGUUCAUAUCCUCAUGGCCAACAUCUACUUGCUGGUCCCGCCACUGAUGAACCCCAUUGUGUACAGUGUGAAAACCAAACAGAUCCGUACGCGGAUCAUCAGAAAGCUGCGCAAGAAGCUGGGUGUGACUUCAUAGCCGUGGUAUCAGCUGCCCUGGAGCUGAGGGGGUCUGACUGUGACUGCAUGGACAUGUAAGUACAGCCUGGCAUCGCAGGCUGCAGGGAACUCACAACAGCUCAAAAAGGAGAUGAGAAUUCAGUUAAAAGCUGAAGGGCAAACUCAUUGCCUGGUGUUAACUCGAGUAACCCUGCUAAGGGUUGAAAGGUGUGCCAUUUUAAUGAUCAGCUGUGACUUCUUGCCUUGCACACAGUAAUAUGUUGUUAAUUAGAAGAAAUGUGUAUGACCCCGAAUGAUCUAGCUGUGUAAAUAUUUUAACCAAAUGUAAUUUGUUGUAUUGAUUUUUCUUCUUAUGACAAUGUCUAAUGGAGAAUCAUGUUCUGUCUGCUUUCCCUGAGAAAUAAAUAAAUGAAUAAAUGCUUCAAUAAAGUUUAAAAUGUAAAUGACAGGGUAUUGGAUGUAUCCACCUACAUUGAGCUGGAAAUAUUAGCCAUUUGCAGCAGUUAUUUGGAGAAUGCAGUAAUCACAAAGCCAGAAAGGAAUAAACAAUAAGAAUAGUUAUUCUCAGUGCGUAAAACAGAGAGUUAAAGAUGAAAUAGAGUAAAAGGAAAUGUAGGCUAUCAAGCAAUAAGCCUUUUUAAGAACCAGGUCUGUGGGUCUGCA